AUGGCUCGUCUCAAGACGCUGAGCUUGAUGCUUGCCAUCCUCGCUCCCGUUACACUCGCCCGGCUAUUCAUUACACCCAUUGCGGCUUACGGGGAAUACGACUACGUUAUCACUUUCGGAGAUGCGAAUUGGAUCUGUCACGUCAAAAUCAGCAUCAUCACGUCUACCCUCGGCAAUUCUGUCCAUGUCGAUGAUACAACUGCGUGGUGCGCCGAUGCCGGGGCUGCACUCGGAGCGGAAAUCCAUCACAACAUACCCGCACAGGACAUUGAGGCCUACCUCACCGACCUCGGCCCGGCUACUCAGAUGGGAGAUCACCAUUUCGAGGUUGGCAUCAACAUGCGUUCUUUCUGGCUGAUCCCAGAAAUGAGGCCGCGGGUUGACAUGAUCACCAACUUUGAUCUGGUUCCCCAAGGAUUCUGCAAUCAACGACAAGGAACCGUGGAAGUUGCACAGGAUGCGGGAGAAAUCGCCCCAAGAGCAGAAUGCCCGGCUGGAAGUUUGUCGAGCUCAAGAUUCGGUAUCUGGACUGCGUGCUUCGCUUCAUGUGCUAGGUUUUGA